GCUUUUUAUACAGCCACACCUUUUCUCACAGGUGUGUCCAUCAGAAGAGACGUGGUCCUCCUGGAAGGAGGAUACGCCUGGACAAAGAUGGAUUCUUCCCUCUCCAAAGGUGGAGCCGUUCCUUCAGGCAUCCGGCCAGCGGGAGAUCUGCAGGCGACAGAAGAUGCAGACCUAAGUGGGAAGAAGCAGAGUGAGGGUCAGCCUGGACAGCCGACAGGAAAUGAUGAUGAACUGAUGUACUCAAUGGACAGCUCUACAGACAGUGAAGAUGAGGGUAUUGGCAAAAAAGCGAAGAAGAAAAAGAAGCUGAAAAAGAAGAAGAAGAAGAAGAAGGACUCCAGUUCAUCAUCAUCAUCUUCUUCUUCUUCCUCCAGUAGUUCCUCAGACAGUGACAGUGAGGAUGAGAAGAAAAAAAAGAAAAAGAAGGAAAAGGAGAAAAAAAAGAAGGUCUGGGAGGGCAUCAUCGUCUGUCAGGAAGGUCCCGAGUGUCUGGAAGAAACUGGAGAAGGCAUGCACAUGAAGCCUGAUUACGACUCAUCAGAUGACGAAAGUGAUAAGAAGAAGAAAAAGGAUAAGAAGGAGAAAAAAAAGAAGAAAAAGAACAAGGACUCAAGUUCUUCUUCUGACAGUUCAUCUUCAUCUGAUAGUGAGGAUGACAAGAAAAAGAAAAAGAAGAAAAAGGACAAGAAGAAGAAAAAGAAAAAGAAAAACAAGAAAAAGGAUUCCAGCUCUUCGUCUUCAUCCUCUGAUAGUGAGAAAGACAAGAAGAAGAAAAAGAAGAAAAAGGAUAAGAAAAAGGAUGAAGAGCAAAAAGACCCCAGCAGUGCUCUUUCAGGUGAAGGUGGUGAGACAGGAGCUGGUGGAGGCAGAGAUGCUGACAAGGACAAAGAGCUUACAUCAGCAGUAGAGGGCACCCUCUCCACCACACAAGCUGGGGGAGCACAGCCAUUUCCUUCUGGCAUUGAGGAUGGUCACCUGAGUGAUGAUGAGGGAGAAGGAAGGAAAGAGGACAAAAAGAAGAAGAAGUUGAAGAAGAAAAAGGAAUCUUCCAGCUCCUCUUCGUCUUCAUCUGAUAGCUCUUCCGACAGCGAGGAUGAAAAGAAGAAAAAGAAAAAGAUGAAAAAGAAGAAAGAUAAGGAUUCCAGCUCUUCCUCAUCCUCAGACAGUGAGGACGACAAGAAGAAGAAGAAGAAGAAGAGAAAGAAGACAAAAAAGAAGGAUUCGAGUUCAUCUUCUUCAUCAUCAUCUUCUUCGGAUAGUGAGCAUGACAAAAAGAAGAAGAAGAAAAAGAAAAAGAAGACCAAGAAAAAGAAGGAUAAGGACUCUAGCUCUUCCUCUGACAGUGAUGAUGACAAGAAAAAGAAGAAGAAGAAGAAAAAGAAGUCCUCCAGCUCUUCUGAUGAAAGCUCUUCUUCUUCUUCUUCUGAUAGUGAUGGCAGCAAGAAGAAAAAGAAGCACAAGAAAAAGAAGAAGAACAAGAAAAAGAAGAAAAAGAAGGAUUCUUCUUCCUCCUCCUCUUCUAGUGAUUCUUCUAGUGAUGAUGACAAGAAGAAAAAGAAGAAAAAGGACAAGAAGAAGAAGAAAAAGAAAGACAAGAAAAAGGACUCAGAUUCUUCUAGCAGUGAUGAUAAGAAGAAGAAGAAGAAGAAAAAGGACAAAAAGAAAAAGGACUCAUCCAAAUCAUCCGACAGCGACAAGGAGAAUAAAGAGGAGAAGGACAAGCAGGAAAGCCCUGAAGGUGACCAAAGCAGUGAGCCCAAACCAGAGUCUUCAGACUCGAGCGUCAGUUUACCUUCUUCCUCCGGCGGUGUCAGCUCUGCUCAGAGCGGCACCGGAUCCUCGUCCUUUGUGUCUCUCUCCUCCACGGUGAAGAUGGAUCCUCCGAAACCUUCAGCCACCUAUAAGUUGUCAUCUGCAUCCAGCGGCGCUAGCUCUGAUCGGAGCAGCACGGGGUCCUCGUCCUUUGUGUCACCUCCCUCUGCUGUGAAGACGGAUCCUUCACCCACCUACAAGUCGCCUUACACCAGCACCAACCUGACCGUUGGAGACAAGGCUCCAACUCACAGGUCCAAAAGCCCCAUGGAGGCCUUGAUGGGGAACCCCAGGAGGUAUGGAGAUGGAACGACCAGAACCACCACCACCCUCUCCUCAAGUGACCUCCUGAGAGGCCCCAAGCCUUACCAACCAUGACAUGACCAGAUGAAAGCAGUGCUGAUCAAUCUAGAUCAAUGCUAACAAUGCUUUUGGGUAUGUUUUAUGGCCGUUUCAAACAUGGUCAUUGAAUAUACGUGCAAGUCAGCUCUGUUGGCUUCUUGAGAGUUAACACUAAUAAAAACUAAUAAUAAAAAUAAAAAAAA